CAGGCUAUCAACCAAUCGUAGGGCGGAAAGGCGGGGCUCGUCGGAAAACGGGUGGGGGGAAAAUAACGCCGUGCGAGCAGCGCCUGCAUAAAGGGAUGUGUGGCUCUCGGUUAUGGCGCUGGCGUGAAGUUGUUGGGCAUGGACGAGGCCAGGAAGCAGGACAUUAUCGCUGCUCUCGUUUAAGCUCGGCAGGUUAGCGAGGAACUCGGCAGCGGAAAACGGUGUUUUUAAUAUAAACGGGAAAUGACCGUGGAGCCGUGAGAGGCAGAGAGCGGCUUGACUUUUUGAGGAGAGAGAUUUUGCUGUUAGAAAGUUGAGCUGCGAGCUGUGGAGAAGCGACAUGGACCGUCCGAGCUGAACCGAGUUGUCCACGUCGAGUCUCUGCCUUUCUUUCCGUCUUUUCUGUUUGUUUUUGUUGGCGUGCUGAUUGACAGAGCUGAAAGAGCAGCAGGCAUGCCGGCGAAAACCAAGUACAAUCUAGUGGACGACGGGCACGACCUGCGGAUUCCUAUGCAUAACGAGGAAGCCUUCCAGCAUGGCAUUAAUUUCGAGGCAAAGUACAUUGGUAGUCUGGAUGUGGCGCGACCCAACAGCCGUGUGGAGAUAGUGGCUGCCAUGAGACGGAUACGGUAUGAAUUUAAAGUGAAGAACAUCAAGAAGAAAAAAGUCAACAUCAUGGUUUCCGUGGAUGGGGUCAAAGUUGUACUGCGCAAAAAGAAAAAGAAAAAAGAAUGGACCUGGGAUGAGAGCAAGAUGAUGGUAAUGCAGGAUCCCAUUUACAGGAUAUUUUAUGUGUCACAUGACUCCCAAGAUUUGAAAAUCUUCAGUUACAUAGCCAGAGACGGGCAGAGCAAUGUGUUCAGAUGCAGUGUCUUCAAAUCCAAGAAGAAGAGCCAGGCCAUGCGGAUUGUGCGGACUGUGGGUCAGGCCUUCGAGGUUUGCCACAAGCUCAGUCUGCAGCACGCCCAGCAGAAUGCAGAUGGCCAGGAAGAUGGAGACAGUCAGAAGACCUGCACAGACUCUGGAGUGCAAGAUCGUGAGCUGACUGGAGCUGAAAAGGCGGUUGCAGAGGAGACAGACAUUGAUGCAGAAGAGCUGCCUCUGCCUGACAGCACAGUUGAUGAAUUUAGCCGUGGGGUGACUGACCUGGACGCUGCUAAAAAAGAUGAUGAUGUCACUAAGGACAAGAAGCUCUCCGAAGAACCCUCCAUCCUGUUAUCCUCCCCAAAAAUGCUGCUUCCUUCUGGCAGCCAGCUCCCAGCUGGCACGCCGCUGUCCAUCCACCACCAGCUCCAGCUCCUUCAGCAGCAACUCACACAGCAGCAGCAGCAAACCCAAGUAGCUGUAGCUCAGGUUCACCUGCUGAAGGACCAGCUCUCAGCAGAGGCAGCGGCCAGGAUUGAGGCACAGGCGCGUGUGCACCAGCUGCUACUGCAGAACAAGGACCUUCUUCAGCACAUCUCCCUGCUUGUCAAACAGGUCCAGGAGCUGGAGCUCAAGCUGGCUGGUCACGGCUCCAUGGGAUCUCAGGACAGUCUGUUGGAGAUCACGUUCCGAGCUAACGUCCCUCCAGUCAUCUGCGACCCCACCACCCCGCGGCCCGAGGACGCCGUCCUGCCACCACUGAACGAUGGAACACAGCUGUCUCUGCCCCUGGGCAGUCCUUUAGGUAGGGACCAGGCCUUGGCCAAGUUUGAGUGUUUUCGUUUUCUCCCGGGACCACCCCAGCAGGAGCAGAGUCCUGACCCAUCCUCGGAGGAGGUGUCACCCUCAACCCGGGACGAACUUCUGGGCAGCCUGGAGCUGCUGAAAUUCCGCGAGUCAGGUAUCGCCUCCGAAUACGAGUCCAACACAGAUGAGAGCGACGAACGAGACAGCUGGGGGCUACAAGAUGAGAGCACCCUGCGUCUGCUAAACGUGCUGAACAAACACGCCCCAUCUGACAGCCUGGAAGAUGAAAUAGCCGUCUAGUGUGAUGUGCUAAUGGCUAAAAUCUAGCUGUGCUGAAUGCUCAUCUAUAUUGUGAAGCAAAAGAAAAACAACAGCUCAUCUUCAUACUACUGAUUCUCAGAAAAUGAGGCAGGCAUUUUAACCUUUUAUGGAGUCUUUGCGCGUUACAUUUUUGCGUCAUAACUUCAAAAAGACCACGCUGUCCCAAAGCAGUGCUGAUUUCUGUACGUUAAACAGUCAAGGUGGUAAUAGGCCGGGAACUGAUAUUCAGUAGAAAUGAGAGAACAAGUUGUAUCAAUCUAGUAUCUAGUUGUUACUGUCUGAUCUCUCACAGUGUGUAAGAAGUUAUUCUCAUACAAUUAUAUUUUGCAGAGAGUAAUAUAUAAGAUAUGUACAGGACCAAAAAGGCAUUUUAUACGUGCUUGUCUGAAACUGUAUCAUGUUAGUUUUACAACUCUUGUGAUUUUGUUACUGCACAGAAGAAUGCAUGUAUUCAUUGCUCCACUCCCGUUACUGUGGUCAUUGGGUCACUUUUGAAUAUCCAGAAUGCAAUCAUGUGCAUAACUAAUGGACAGACAGUCUGCUAUAUACAAAAGAGUAACAUUUCUCUAAAUGUGCAUGGCAGAUUUUUAUCCAUGAAAGCUUUGCUAUGUAUUAAAAAAUGGAAUGUUAAUUGUAGAACAGAAGCUUGUUGAGCUAAUUAAACCCCAAGGCAUCUAAACUCUUCACAUCAGGGAAUCCUAUUAACUGGCCAUAUGAAAGCUGUAUAAGCCCUCCUACUCUGUCUACACUCUUGCUCCAUUAGUAAGCAUAAGUUCCAUAGGUUCUCUAUUAUUGUUUAUCUUUCACUGCUUUGUGUGUGGGAAGUAUCUUACCUCCAAGAAAAAUACAUGUUACUUCUACAAAAUUCUAUAACUUUUCAACUAUAGUGUGGCGCCAUUCUGGUUAUGCUUCUUUUUUUUUUUAUCUGUGUCUUUGGAGUGGCAUACAUGUGUGCAGUUCCCAGGGAGACUGAUGAAUAGUAGAUAAAGAAUGGCAAUCUAGAUUUGAGUCGCAGGGCACAGAGCAUGAAAUAGCACGAGAUGGGCAGAACUCAUAUGAGCGAUUCUCUCUUUUUUUACAGAAUCUCUUUUGAAUUCCAUCCUGUGUUAGCACUGCUUUCUACUUUCAAGUCAGUACCUCAUGUUUUACUGUGUCUGUAUCUGAUGCAGUAUUCGUGAGAAGUGGUGUGGUCCAGCAACAGGCUCAGCACAAUAAUAGAAGAUUAUUUAUUUCUCCACUACUUUCAAGAGUGCAGGAAAAAAAGUCAAUGGCCUGGCAUUUUCCUCUGUUCCUUCCUAGUGAAGAAAGGAUGAAAAAUGUACAGUGUAAAAAUCAGAGCCCUGCAUCAAUGUAAUUUUCAGUGAGAACAGCCAUACAAGUUAUUCAUUUUCAGCGGCAGGAAAAGAGCAGAAAACAUUUAACAGAGGAUUACACAGAAGCAUCAACAGAUAAUAGAUUUCUCUCCACUUCCCAAGUUCAGUCAGCUUUUUUUUAUUUUCAGAUUUCCCUUUUUUUUGGCCUCUUUCUUUUUCUCAGUAACGGCUUCUUGACUGCUACAUGUCCUUUCAGACCCAUAGUGUUAAUUUGUCUUGUCACAGGACAAGAAACACCUGUGGAUUUUUUCAGAUCUGAAGAAAGAGUGGAGCUUGAUUUUCUCCUGUCUCUCAAAGAUGAAAGCUUAAGUGCUGUUUAUCUGAUGGGGACAGUUUUGCUGGUCUACCAGUUCUCGCAUGGUUGAUAAGAGUUCCAUUUUCUCUUUAUCUUUUAAUCAGUUUUUGAAACUCCUGUUUUUUUUAGUUUCAUUUGAACUUUUCCUUGUGCAAGUGGAUUAUCUUACAUCUAAUAUGAAUAACUUGGAUUUAGUGGCAUUUUGACUGAAAAGAAAUAAAUGAGGGGUUCUUUGACUUUUGCACACUGCUGUAUUUCUGUUAUAGUCCAAAAAAUUACAAUGCAUUUGUCUGUCGUGAUCCCUGGAGCCCUAGUUUCUGCAAACUGAUUAGUAUCUCUUCAUUUUGAAGCUUAUGGGGAAAUGCCUAAUUUAUGACAGCCUUGCAGUGUCGUUUCCCUAAUUUAAAUGAUGGCUGGUUUGUUUGAGGCAGAGAGCAGUGACAAGAUGAGUGUUGUGGUCCUGAGAGGCAGCAGUGUUGUGCAGUAGGGGACUUAGCAGAGGCGGGCGGCACUUUGAAUUAGCAGAUCAAGGCUUUUUGGAAGUUAUAAAGUUCAUUUAACUUUCAUCAUCUGACCACAUAAACUGGCCUCACCCUCACUACAAGCGUGACACUUCUGGUGGAGGCGUUUGGUUAUUUAAUUCUCUCGUUUGAUAAAAUAAAAAUCAGUAAGAAUCAGAUUAAGCCAAUUUAAUAUUUGCCUUUGAUAUAAAUUGGUGGUUGGGAAAAAAGCUUCCGUUAAACCGAGCAAGCGGAGUUAAGUGCAAUGCACUGAAGUUGUUUGUUUCACUCUGAUGUUAAAUAAUAAAAAAUAGGUAUCACUGUAUCACUGUUUAUGUGCCGAGACAUUUACAAUGGUGCCUGAUAAGAUCGGUGAAUUAGAAAGUCUAUGAACAAUAAAAGAUUGUGCUACAUUAAUUACAAGUGGAGUUAGUCAGCAUAUCUACUGUUAAAAAUUAAAUGGACUUUUUUCCGUUUUUUUUUACUGGCAGGUAAGGAGUGAUUUGCUUUAAUGUGGGCUUAUAAAGCUGUCGUUGGCCAAGGUGAGCAAGCUGCUCAGUGACUAAGGGCUGACAGCUGUGCAUCUUUAUCGGCCUUCAGGGAAAGUGUAGAGGAUAUCUUUGCCAUCUGUUAGUUUUUGAUCUACUGUAUUUUCUCUGUAUAUCAGGCCACAGGUUCAGCUCAUAUGCUGCGUUUUUAUUACAAGUUAUUUUGAUGCAGGUUUUGAUAACUAGCAGGACUGUGUUGUCAUGACAACUGAAAGAUGAUAAUUUGAUUUAUUUUUUGAUUAUUAAUUGUGAUUUAGAAGCAGCACAUUGCUAUGCAGACUGAAGAGCCACCUACGAUUUGUCAUAAUGUGCACAGGUCAUUAAGCGGAACAUCUGUGGCUGGUCAGUGCGUACAGUGAACAUUCCUGUGAUUCAUUAUGUCACUCUGUUGAUUGUGUAUUGCUCUCGGUGAAUAGAAAUGAUUGGAUGCAAACUAACUAAUGGGGUUCAUUAAUUGUGCCCUUUCACAAGUACUUAAUUUCGGGGACCAAAAUUGUGAUUUCAAGUAAUAUAAUAGUAAAGCCCUACUAAGUGAUAUUUUUAGAUGUUCUUGCACUACUUUGAUGCUUCAUCGAGAGGUUCUGAUGAACUAUUAUUUUAUUUUGAAGAGAAAUAGGAAGGUUGGUUUUUUGUUGUAUAAGAGACUUGUAUAAUAUACUGUGCUAUUCUGAUAAGCUAAUCAGAGCGAGAGCAGAAGAGAAAGAAAAAAUCAGCAUAAAAACAGAUUGGGCUGACAACGCUUUCAACUUUCAAAGUUUUCUAAGCCCUUUGAAUUAAAGACUCCAUUUGAAAAGCGAUAUUUAUGUCAUUGUGAACGCUAUGAAAUUGAUGUUGCCUGGGUUAUUAGGGGGCAUUUACAAGAUGCAGUAAGCAGGUUGGAAAGUAAUUAAAGCAAGAAUAGAUUUGUUCAUGGACUUUUUCUUAUUAGUUUCCACCUUAGACAUACUGUACUUGAGAAAACUCCUGCAGAGAAAAUCUAGUUACAUCAAGGGUUGCCAGAGUAGCCAUUCUAUAAAAGCAAGAAUAAGUACUGUUACAUUCUAAAUGCAUCUGAAGAAAUUAUCAUCUGAACAUCUAGAGGGUCUUCCUGUUUAGUUUCAAGGAUGCAUUGGAGAAUCUGUUUCAUCCUCGUGGUUUUCAUGGGGGCAAACUACUGCCAGGCCUGUAAGAAGGGCACAUUUUGUUUUAGCACAGCUGCCUGUUCUUGGAGAUAAAAGGUUAUUUUCUCUGAAUAGAGGCUCAUACUCCCCAUUGUAAAAAUGAAACCUCUUCAGAAUCAGACUCUUGAAGCGCUAUUCAGCCAUUUCUCAUCUGCAGUCAAGCUUGAAGUGGUCAUUUUUGGGGUAUUUUUGUGGUAUUUAUGAUUCAAGUAGUACAACUACUCCAGCCACCUAGAGCUUUUUUUAUUGUUCUCAAAGUAAUCUUAGGACAGCUAUGAUAGUUUGCAAUAGGGCAACUUCUGUUACUCUGCAGAUGGUUUACUGUGCUGUUCCACUUUUAUAAAAUGUGCUGCAAUUGUCAGUCAUCAGAAUCUAAUUGAAGCAAAAUUUUAUCUUCAACCAACAUGAAAUAAACAUGUAGUGGCUCUGACUGACACAGAUGGGACAAAAAAUCUAAUGAAAUAUUGAUUUCAAGUUAGAAGAAAAUAGGGGUGCUUGUCUAGUAUGUCUGGCAAGUUGAUGUCCCCUGUGUUUUUCACCAGUGCUCUAGUCUUGCCAGCCUAAUGUAGAGUUGAAUCUCAAAGUCUCCAUACUUGAAGGGGAAUUCCACCAUUGUUUCAAAAUUUCUGCAGAAUUAAAUGGUGUGAUGUAAACAAAGUCAUUCAGACUCGGUUUAAAUUUAAUGAUUCAAUUUAACCAAGGCAUGCUUUUGUUCAGAAUGGUUUGAUAUAAAAUGCUCUGUUCUACAGAAAUUUACUGAGUCAGAAUUGUUCACAGUGAUGGUGGUUGGAACCAGACACCCAAAAAAUGUCUCUUAAAGCUACAUCGCAAAACAUUAUUAUAUGUAGUGGUUAUUAAUACAGUGCUUGAUUCCUUAGAACAACUAUGCUUGUUUUAUGAUAGUUUUGAGAGAUUCAUCGUUCAUGGUCAAGAGAUACAUAGGGGGCAUUAUAAGGGAAAAUAGCCCUCAAAGAAAACCAACAUUUUUCAGAUUUAGCACUCUUUUACCAUUAUCAACAUUAUGUCUAAAGACUAAGAAGACGUGUAGAUCUGCUUGUCAUUUUGGAGAGUGAAUGAAAUGGUUGUUUGUGUUGAAGAAUGGCAUCCCAUCAUUGUAAAUAAAUUCAUGUCAUACAUUUUCUCUACAAUGAGCCAUUUCACAUCAGACCGCUCUGAAUGACUUUAACAGAAUCAUGUAGAUAUUUUCAAAAUCAUCUGAAUUCUUCUUUAACCAAGGCAUGCUUUUGUCCACAUCCAGAUGCUUUCUUGUUUGUAUCUUCAGUACCAUAGCAGUUUUAUGAUAUUAAAGAACCUUGUGAGACAUAAGGAAACACAUGGUAUAAGGUGUGACUGAGUGUUGAGAUUUCAGCCAUUGUUCUUCCUAGUCUUCAUAGUUUUCAGUGGUAUGCCUGCCUCAGCAUCCUUUUACUAAGCGUAAUGAGCUUGCAUUCCAGAUAGCUCUUCAGCCAAAGACCCUGUGUGGGAGAGGUUUGAUAAGGGCAAGUCUCCCUCUCUCUUCAUAAUCUCAUUAUGAGCUGCUGAUGGACUUCCCAUUCUGACCUUUCAACCCUUAGGAAUUAGACAUAGUUGUAUUUCAUCAAAUGUCAUAAAGCAAUUUAUGCCCCCUCCCCCACCCAGAGGACAAGUGAGUUAAAGAUUUAUAUCCAGAAAAGAAGGUCAUAGUAAAUUAUUAAUGUUUGACCCAGCUUUUCCCAACGUGAGCAUCCAUUAGGCCAUUCAUGAUGGAGAGAAGGGGUUAAGCUUUUUGUGUUGUUUUUCAGUUCACAAGAGACACAUUUUUUUAUUUAUUUCUGGUUGUACUUACAACUUCUGGUUGUAACUCCAUACCUGCCUUAAGUAAGUUUCCCCAAAACUCAGUAAUCAUCAGGGUUUUAGGGUUAAACAGGUAUAUAUAAAGGGGGGGUAUAUUUCAGACUUCUCAAUGAAUCUAUUUGAUUGAUUCUUCAGGAAAUAAUGCAGCGCAUCAUGAAGUCUUAGAUUUCAUCAUGAUUUGAAUCAGUUAUUUUGGUAUGUUUCAGGUUUUCAAAUGUGUCAAAUUGUGAAGGGGAAAAGUCUAUACAGUAAUUUAAUUAGGGUGCUCGGUAGUUUGUUUAUUAUUUUACAUUUGAAAAUAGUCCAAGAAUAUUCUGACAAAAAUGUGCAUAUAUCGAAAAUCGUUAAUAAUGAUUGUUACUCAUUCUAACAUUGAUCAUUGAUGCAGCUAAAUGUCCAUCUUCAGAACAAUACAUUACAGUACAUUGAUGCACUUUUACAUCGGACCUCACUUUAUAUACUAUACAGUUUAAUGCUUAUGCUGUUGAAAAAUGCUACAGGUAUUUUCUUUGUAUUAAUUCUUUUGCUUUUAAAAAGUCAGAGAUCACCUUUCAUUUAUUUAAAUUCUAGUGAAAAUAAACAGUAAGAACAGACUGAUCAUUUUUAGGAGAUGUUUUGGAAGAUAAUAAAUAUAAAAUGGAAAAUAAGAAAAAAAACAAGUUUUAAAAAUAUUAAAAGAUACAAGAAAAUGGGCCUCCUAACAUCCUUGCAACUCAUCAUCAGAUUACAGUAGUUAAGACUUUCAUUCUGGAGAGAGAGGGGAAACUCAACACCCAUGGGUUUAAAGGAUGUGUAGCUGUCAGAAAGUCAUCACAGAGAAAAUGAAAAAGACAAAAUCCAACAAAAAGGCUGCUGGUGUUCUCAGAACAAUUGAUUGACCACCCCAAAGUCCAGACCUCAGUAUCACUGAAUGUGUUUAGGAUUACUUGGAUUGUGAGAAACCAUUAAAGACUGGUAAAUGCAAAUGGUGGACACAGUAAAUACUGGAAAGUUCAUAUUAUUAUUGAUUAGGUUGAGGGUUUUUUUUUCACUCUGAAAACCAAACAAUUUAAACUUAAUAGCCUUUUUGACUGGUAAGAAAUGAAUGAAGGGUGGUCUCUGACUUUUUCACAGUACUGUAUCGAAAUAUUCUUCAUGUCUACUGCUCACCUAGUUCUAUUCAGUUCACAACACGGAAGUGGACACAGCACACCUACAGAGGUAUCAGUUUCUGGCAUAUGUAUGUCUUUACAGGUUAGGAGGGCUUGUAUGUCACUUUUAAACUCAAGAUGUGAAUAUAUUGUUUUAGAAUCUCUGUUUAGUUCUUUUCUCUGCCACCUCAUACUGUCAUCUGGUUUUUACACUUUUCAUGUCUAGUAUCCAUGGGUUGUCUAAUAUGGAUUGUUCAGCGGGGCAAAUUAGGGUUAAUGGAUAAAAGCUUUCAACAAAGAAAAAAUUGGCUGUUAUGUAAAUCAGAGAUACUGUAUAUGCAGUGCUCCAAACUCGAUGACCCUUUUGUAUAAUUGGGUUGACUGAGUGGUCAGUGGACCGUGUCUGAGUGUGCUUGUGAGCUCAGCAGGAAUGGUGGAAAACGGAGCGUCCUGUGGUGUUUCAGAGCCAUAAACUCUAGGACUAUCCCAAUUCCUCUCCUGCACCCCUCACUGCCCCUAUGCCUCAUACAUAUAAUCACGUCAUCUGUCUCUGAAAAGUGUGUUUCAAGAAGUCGUAACUUUUAAAUUGCGUGUAAACGAAAAAGAGAAAUAUAUAGUAAAUAUCUAUGGGAGUGGAAGUGCACUUAUUCUGUAACUUGUCUCUGACCUUGCUUUGGCUCAAUAAAACUUUAUUUCUUUC